UGGAGUCCAGAAGAAGUCGGUCCCUUCGAGGCAACAGCGAAAAAAUGUGGUGGCGCCGCCCAGUCCUCCGCCAUGGUCAAACACUGCUGCGGCCUCCUUCCUAUAGGCCGCCAUGGCUUCCUUCUUCGUUCUAUUACUCGGAUAUGCCCAACAAGAAGGGCAAAGUUGCCCCCUUGCAGGAGAGGAGGAUGGUGGAUAGGUUCAGGCUGUGGGCAAAGGGAGGCGAAGGUGGAAAUGGGUGCUGCAGCUUCCGGCGCACCAGAACUGACCGGCAUGGCAAACCAGAUGGUGGAAAUGGUGGAAGAGGUGGUGAUGUUAUUCUUGAAUGCUCUGCGGCAGUUUGGGACUUCAGUAAUUUGCAGCAUCACUUGAAUGCAAAAAGAGGAGGGCAUGGAGUUUCAAAGAAUCAGAUAGGGAGUCGUGGAUCUGACAAGGUUGCGCAGGUCCCAGUUGGCACAGUAAUUCACCUAGUUAGUGGUGAAACUCCUUCUUUUGUGGAAAAUAUUUCCACAGCAUCUUUAGAUCCUUGGGAUAUACCAGGAGCUCUUGAAGGCGAUCCAUCCAAAUCUGUUCAGCAUUAUGAUGGAAAAAGGGUCAUUGCAUCAGGUGCAUUGGUAAAGGAAAAUUUUGAUGAUUCACUGUCAUAUUCUCAAAGUGGUGCUGCUAAAGCACCUGGCAGUCACCGCAAAGUUUUGCAAUCUUCUGAAUCCACUCAAGUAGAACACAGACAAGAUGUAACUCAUUGUCAUUCUAAAGCAGCCUAUACAGAAAUUAAAGAUAAGGAAACUACUGAGGAAGAAUAUGAAAUGGAAUAUGAAGAUGAUGAAGAAGAAGAAGAGAUCGAGGAGGAGGAGGUGAUGCAGUAUUCAGUUGCAGAAUUCACAGAACCAGGGCAGCGUAUGGUAGUUGCUCAUGGAGGGGAGGGUGGUCUUGGUAAUGCUUCUCUCAAAAAGGAUAGCAAGCCCGGCAGACGUAUUGACUACAGUGAUGCUGAAGACCAAUCCUCAUUAACCACUGGUAGGCCUGGCUCAGAAACUUUGCUUAUAUUAGAACUGAAGAGUAUUGCAGAUGUUGGCCUUGUUGGGAUGCCCAAUGCUGGUAAAAGCACAUUACUAGGAGCUCUUUCAAGGGCUAAGCCAGCUGUGGGUCAUUAUGCUUUUACUACUCUAAGGCCAAAUAUAGGAAAUCUGAAUUAUGAGGACUUCUUCUCUGUGAAGGUGGCUGACAUUCCUGGGCUUAUAAAGGGAGCACAUGAGAAUCGUGGACUGGGGCAUGCUUUCUUGAGGCACAUAGAGCGUACGAAGGUUCUGGCCUUUGUCGUCGACUUAGCAGCAGCAUUGAAUGGGAAAAAGGGUAUUCCACCAUGGGAACAACUGAGAGAUUUGGUUUUGGAACUUGAAUAUCAUCAGGAAGGGUUGUCGAAUCGCCCAUCUUUAGUGGUGGCCAACAAAAUUGAUGAAGAAGGGGCAGAAUAUGCUUACGAAGAAUUAAAGAGACGGGUUCAAGGUGUUCCCAUAUUUCCAGUAUGUGCUGUGUUGAAAGAGGGAGUAUCAGAGUUGAAAACUGGUCUUCGAAGGCUUGUAGAUGGAAGUGAAUCACAGAGACUCGAUAUAGCUAAAAUUAUCACCGACUAGUUUGACUUUUUAGAGAUUCACAAUUGAGAAGGCUCUCGCAAGGUUCUAAGAAGAGAGAGGCCUUGUCACAAAGCCGAUUCAUAGCAGUAAGCUAAAUUAAUUUUGUGAACCUUAUGUUACAGUGUUUCUCUAACCCAAUCUAGAGAUAUUAUUAAUAAAUUAUAUAUGUAGAUAACAAAGCAAUGCAGUGUCAGCGAUCCAAGUUUUGAUGUUCAUAUGUCAGCUGCCUGAAUUGCAUGUGUUCUGUUAUGUUUUUUGGUAGAUCUUUGUUCUUGUUGGAGAAUUCAGUUUAGGCAAGCUUCUGCACAAA